AUGACGAUGCAAGACAUUUGGGAUAUUGACUGCCAUACUAUGUUCAAUAGUUUUAAAAACUUUUUCUUGUUCCACAAAAGUGAUGAUGGACCUUUCGGAGGAUUAGUUUUUGGUAGACCUUCUACCAAGCAGAUAGUUCAGGUAAUUUUUGUCAAUUCUGAUUCCAUGAAUGCUGCCACGAUCGAGUUUAUCACCAGCUCGUUGUCUGCAGAUCUUGAACAUGUGGGAAAUUUAGUUGUAGAGGGUCAUAAUUUACCAAUGAUUGGUGAUGGAUUUGUCCUUAACACAACCCAAGAAGCCUUGGAACGAAACAGCGUCAGCGAGUUUUUGGAUAGAAAUGGAAUGUUGAAUUCCACUCGUUUCAAUAAUGAUGGUUUAUCAGUAUGGGCCAAGAUUGGAUUUGAAUGCAAUAUAAGGAAGAAGAAGGAAAGUGAUGAUUUGAAAAUCAAUGCUGAGCGUUUCAUAAGCGAUUUAGAUAGACUCGUCUUCAUCAACCAGUCGAAGGGAAUUAUUUUACGGAAUGUCCCUGAGAAAGAUAUUGUCCGGAAUGUAGUUAGGGAUAUAGCUAAAGGAUCUUCUCAGUACAAGGAUUCUCUCGGGUUUACGACUUUGCAUAAUUUAACAAGAAAUACCAGCAAUGAUAAGGAAGACCAGAAAAUGGUCCCAAUAGUUCGUAUCACUAGAGAUGGAACUGAAUUCGAAAAGCUGUCCACCCUAUUCACGGUGGUUGUACCUGCUUUCAGUGAAGAUGACAGCAACACUUUGUAUAAACGAUUCCAGGAAGGAGUACGGAGGCGCAUUCAAAAUUUAGUUUAUACUUUGAUAAACGGUUUCAAGAAACAAAAAGCUGACCAAGCUACAUUAUCAACUGUUUUCUAUCCUCCUGGUUGGACAACUCUACUCCAUCUCCAAAUGCCACAAUGGACAGAUGAAGAACAAAGGACUUAUCGCAUAAAACUGCACAAGCUAUUCAAUCUACCAACGGCAGUACCUUGUCUUAGGUUAGCUCAACAAAUACCUUUCGGAGGAGCUGCUUCUACAAAGUUACUUCGCUCACCUCACUUGUCAAUUGUCAAUUAUAAACCUUAUGGUAAGGUUUCCGUACUUAGUGGGCCCUAUAACUACCAUCAUUAUAUGCAGGACAAUUUCGAUGACUCAGGCUGGGGAUGUGCUUACCGAAGCUUGCAAACAAUUUGGAGCUGGUUUGCCCUGAACGGAUAUACUGAUAAGCCUGUACCUAAUCAUCGUGAAAUUCAACAGUGCUUGGUUAACAUUGGUGAUAAGCAGGAAAAGUUUGUAGGAAGCAAACAAUGGAUUGGAAGCACAGAGAUAGGGUUUGUUUUAGACACACUGUUAGGUGUUGAGUCGAAAUUCAUUAUUACCAACUCUGGAGCUGAAGUUGCUGAAAGAGCCAGAGAGUUAUCGUUCCACUUUGAUACUGCUGGCACGCCUGUCAUGAUUGGAGGAGGACAACUAGCUCAUACAAUUUUGGGAGUUGACUUUGACGAAAACACUGGAGAUUGCCGUUUUCUAGUACUGGACCCUCACUUCACCGGUGAAGAAGAUCUUCGCAAAAUCAUAAACAAGUAUUGUGCUUGGAUGCCGGCCACGUUCUGGAAAGCAGACUACUUCUAUAAUAUGGUCUUGCCACAACCUCCCUCAAAUGCUAUCUAG